CACCUUUCUUCCGACGAAUACAGAAAUUGCGUGUGUGCAGAAAGUUUUAAAUUGUCGAUUGCGGUGUAGAAUUUAUGUACAAAUUGAAAAGGGUGUUAUUCUUGACGCACAUAUUAAUGAAAUAGUGACUUCGUCACGAGAAAAACAUCUCAGGCAGUCGGACACAAUAGGCAAGCAGCAUUAUCAUCACCCCCGCUCAUGAGUAUUCAUAGAGACGGAGCUGAACUCGAUCGCAUUACAGUCAAAAUUCACAAUAUGAAACGUAGCGCAUCGCGCUCGCCUGGAAGAAGUAAUCUAGCAAGAAAUUCGCGCAGCAUGGGUCGUGGAUAUGAUAAUGGCAGCGGAGUACCGGGUGAUUCCCCUGAGCGUCUAUCACCAGAGCGGAUGCGACGUCGCUUAGACCGUUCACCAAGCCCCCGUGGCCGGUAUGGCUCGCCGCAUCGAGAUGCCUAUAUGCGUGGACCACCGGCAGGGGAACGUCCUGCCGGAUACAAGGUUUUGUGUGUAAGCGCACUGCCUCCCAAAGCCCCGGACGAGUUUGUUGAGGAAACGCUGUAUCGCGAGUACAAGAAAUUUGGAGAUUUUAGUGUGCGACUGGCUCAUGAUUUGGAUGAAAGGGUGGCCUAUGUCUGCUUUCGCACGCCGGAGGAUGCUCGUGAGGCAAAACAUCAUAAGCCGCGAUUGCUUAUUUAUGAUAAAAUGGUGAUGGUGGAACCAGUGUACAAGUCGACUACCAGGCCAGAGUAUAGACCGCGUGGCCAUUCCAUGACACCACCAGAUUAUGAACGCUACCACUAUUCACGGUCCCCUAUGGGGCCAGGUGUACCCAUAGACCACCGCAGGCCUCCCAUUGAUCCUUACGAUCGUUAUGGUCCACCACACAUGCACCCGCAUGCUGUUCAUCCACGCGAAUAUCGUCCAAUGCAUCACGAGUAUCCUUUGCCACCACGUGGUCCACCAAUGCAUCGAGGUCCCCCUCAUCAUAUGCAUGGCCAUCCUCCGCCCCAUCAGUAUGCACCCAUGAGACCAAUGGCACCACGCCCACACGUGCCGUAUGAAAAGCCAGAGAGCAAGAAAGACAAGUUCCCAAACUAUUUGCAUCACGUUCAACCGGAGGAUGACCCGUUGGCUACUCGCACACUCUUCGCUGGGAAUCUGGAGGUUACCAUUGCGGAUGACGAGCUACGCCGCAUUUUCGGUAAAUAUGGUGUAGUGGAUGACAUCGACAUUAAGCGCCCUCCUCCUGGCACCGGCAACGCAUUCGCAUUUGUUCGAUACCAGAACCUUGAUAUGGCCCAUCGCGCCAAAAUUGAGUUAUCUGGUCAGUAUAUUGGCAAGUUCCAGUGUAAGAUUGGUUAUGGCAAGGUGACACCAGCAACACGAAUUUGGAUUGGUGGUCUUGGCGCUUGGACUUCCGUCACCCAGUUGGAACGUGAAUUCGAUCGUUUUGGUGCGAUUAAGAAAAUUGAAUACCAGAAGGGUGAACCUUAUGCUUAUAUACAAUACGAAACAGUUGAGGCUGCAACUGCAGCCGUUAAAGAAAUGCGUGGCUUCCCGUUAGGUGGUCCUGAGCGUAGACUACGCACUGAUUUUGCGGAGCUGCCUGGCGCCACUCCAGUAGCGCCCUUUAAGCCUUCUAAGCCAUAUGAUGAGUCGGCCAUCGAGUACCGGCGUCCAGAAUAUGAUCCCUAUUAUGAAGAGGCACCACUGUAUGCCCCACGUGGUGCUUAUUCGCCGUAUCCACCACGUGGUGGCUAUCGAGGACGUGGCGGCUACCGUGGUCGUGGCCGUGGUAUGUAUCAUUAUCACAACGAUGUGCACCGACCGCCACAUCCCGGUUCUUUGGGUAGUGCAUCAUCCGCUGUACCGCCACCAGGUGGUGCUGAUGACGAAUGGCGUCGUCCGCCAGGCGAGUCUUACGAUCGAGCCAGGUCCGGUUCUCGCGAGCCAGGAGUUGAGCGUUCCCGAUCUCGUUCACCACUUAAGCGGGCGCGAUCCGUCGGAUCCGAUUCAGAUACUUCAACACGACGAAAUGAUGCCCUGAGUUCUGCUUCCACGGUACCCGAGGUAGCGCGCAAGUGCGGCACGGUGUGGACUGGUGCACUUAUACUGAAGAGCUCUUUGUUCCCCGCCAAAUUCCAUUUAACGGACGGCGAUACUGAAAUUGUUGAAUCCUUGAUGCGCGAUGAGGAGGGCAAGCAUAAUUUACGUAUUACACAGCGCCUUCGAUUGGAUCCACCCAAACUGGACGACGUUCAGAAGCGGAUUUCAUCGUCGUCUUCGCACGCCAUAUUUAUGGGUCUGGCUGGAUCCACAGUGGACACAGAUUGCGAUGACACGAGCGUACAGACGCGGCCCCUACGCAACCUGGUUUCAUAUUUGAAGCAGAAGGAAGCUGCGGGAGUGAUUUCGCUGUUAAAUAAAGAAACGGAGGCCACGGGUGUGCUCUAUGCUUUUCCCCCUUGCGAUUUUUCUACAGAGUUGCUGAAGCGUACAUGUCACAGUUUGACCGAGGAAGGUCUCAAGGAAGACCAUUUGGUCAUUGUUGUAGUGCGAGGGGGCACAGCUUAAGUGUCUGAUAAUACUUGGGGCGAAAGUUGGACAAACUGGAGGUAAUAAAUAUUAAAACCACAGUGCAUAGAAAUACCUUCGCCAUUACCAAACUAUAAUAACUCUAUGGGUGCGUCCGAUAGAAACGGUAGGAUUACAUAUAUACACUUACAUAUAUACAUAUAACAUACACAAUUAGAAGCGGUACCUAACAUUAUAUCGUAGGAGUUGACAAGUGGAUUUUUAUAUGAGAAAAAUACAUUCAUACUAACGUCCACACAUUUAAGCUCACAAGCCCCUAUAACACAUACCCACAAACAAUACAUAAAGAGUCAUACAUUACCAUUAGUACCGAAGGUGUUAGUAAAUCAAUCAGAAUUACCAUAUUAAUCCAUUACUUUUUUUUACAGACCAAUAUUCGUUUAUGUUUUUCAAUUAGAAAAAAAAAAAACCAAAUUAAAAUACGAUGAAAAUAAUAAUAGUGAGUGAAUUUCAUGCAAUUGUAUGAUUGUGCCAAAAGUUUAAAUCAAGCAAUUUUUAAUUGUAAAUUUAUUUAUUUGUUAUAAAAAUAUGGCAAGUGUAAAAA